GAAACUUCCAACAGUAUGGAUACUUCUCAGGGAUCCAUUGUAAAUCCUGUACCUGUGGUUUCAGUAUGUAUCACUUCUUGCACCCAGCAAUUAGAUGAUGAAAGUGUUAUAGAUAAAGACAAAACAGAGGCUAUUUCUAGUGAAGAGAGUAGAGCUGCUCAUAAUGCAAGUUCUAGUAGCAUGCCACCUAUCAGAAAUCUUUUGAGCUACCAAGACAAUUUGAAUGACAAGUUUGAACAGCCUACAGGCAAUACUAUAACACUGGAAGAAAACAAUCCUGGCAAAGAUGUUAAUCAAUCAGUACAUCUGUGCAACGGUUUAGCCGCAGACAUAGAUAAAAGGAUAUCUGCUGCUUCAUCUUUUGAUCCAUCACAAAUGUCAGAACAUGCAGAUAGCGAAACAAAUGUGUUGAACUGUAAAGGUGUGUCAUCUGUUGACAAUGAAGUGGCAACAAGUAGAAAAUUAAAAUCUGAUAAUCUCUGCGGAAAUGGUUACUUGUGUGAUAAAGAAAUCCCAGCCACUGGUAACUGUCCUGCUUCAGAAUCAGAUGCUAAAAGUAAAGAAUAUGAGAAUAUGCAGAAUUUGCUCUUGCAAGGAGAAUGUGAGGAUAAAAUGGCAACUGCAGAUGGCGGGUGCAAUGAAAAAAUAAAUUUUGAUGAAAAGUCACAAAAUCCAGUAAAAGUGUUAAACAUGUCAGACCCAGUUAACGAUACAGUAACACGUACAACCAGUCAGAAAGUUAAUAGCCGUCCUGUGGCCACAGAAAGUAUGAAGACUGAUUUGAAACUGAAUGCAGGAUCUGAUGUGACAGUUUGUAAUGCUACUGUGCUUGAUAGUAACCCUGAAGAUGUUAAAAAUUUAAGUUCUCCAAAUUCUAGUGAAGAAAAUAUAGAGAACGUUAACUCUACAGGGAUCUCAACUUCUCCAACAUUGUUGGGAAAAACUGGCCACUUAACCGUUUCAUCUUGUGAAACUGGAGAAUGUGGUACAAGUCUACUUCAGGUGGAUGAAAAGUCAAAUUCAGAAGAAUUGGGUGAUGUUUUUAAAAAUACCAGCUCACUUCUUUCAGCAUCUAAGAUUUGCAGGAAAAGGAAAAAUAGUGAUUGUACAAAUACAGAGAAUAGUAAUUCAAAGAUCCAAGUUUUAGAGCUCGACAGUGACAAAUUGACUAUUCCCAGUUGCAUAAAAGCAACAGUGGAGGCAGCACAAUGCCACUCUGGUUCAAAUAAAAGCCACAAUGAAAAAGUUUUUACAGAAGAUUUUAACUGUUCUCUAGAAAGGAAGCUUCAGCUGCCAAGUGAAGUAUCAGAUUCAUAUGAAACAUCUGCAGCAGGCAAGUCUGAGAACAUAGAGGAGACGUCUGGUCAUUUGAAAACCUCUGCUACUGACGACAAUGGUACACUUCAUUGUCAUGAAUAUUCAAAAUUUAGGGCGAGUCAAAAUGUAACUGAAUCACAAGGUAAUACUCAGAAUGAUGAACUGCUUAAAGACAGCAGUGUUGGAGCAUCAGAAGUGACCAAGUCAAAUAAUAACCACAUCAGCCAUAAUAAUUAUAACAAUACAGUUGGUGCAGCAAUAAUAAAGAGCAAGGAUGGUACAGAAUCAGAUGCUGAUGUACACAGUGUGGUUUGUGGCCAGAAGAGAAAAACCAGCCAACGUGAGUUGUGUUUGCCAGAAAGCAGUGCUGAAAUGCCAUUGGAGAAGAAGAAGUAUAUUCCUUCUCCCACACAAAAAACUGGAUGUCCAGAAUGGUCAGAGGGAAUCUUGGAAAGUGUUUCACUUUGUUCCAACAAAGAAAAGGCAGAAUUGUCCAUUGCAAAGUGUGUUUAUAACACACGGCAUAAAGGAACACUACACACUGUUCUAAAAUUAGAUCAAGCUUCUGGGUUUUGUUCCCCACUUAUUGGUAGAGGUAGGGGGAGAGGCAGAGGUAGAGGAACAGCGAAGGAAGGGAUAGUGGGGCAAGGUGAGGGCUCUCCACUCUGUGGCCGAGGAAGAGGGAAGGAAGAGACAGUGGGGCAAGGUGAGGGCUCUCCCCUGUGUGGCCAAGGGAGAGGGAGGAAGGAAGAGCUGAUGGGGAAAGGGAGAGGCAGAGGCAGGGGAAGAGGACGAGGCCGAGGAUAUGGGAAAGGAGAGGUGACAGAUAGCUGCAGCCAGAUGCUAGACAGUGGUCUCACACUGCUUGAUAAAGAUGCUUCUUGUCCUGCUCUUGUGAAAACUGAAUCAGUAGGUACUGAAAAUGAAGGCAAUAUUAUCACUGGUUUAGAUAUUGCAAGUAGUUGCAAUGAGCCCAGUGGAACUGUGCCAGCUGCAAAAAGAAAGAGGGGCAGAGCAAGUGUAAAAAUCUGGCCUGCAGAGAUGACGGAGAUUGAUGGUAGUGUACAUGAAGAAAAGAAAGACAGUGGCUCUUUGAGUUUCAUUAAUCCAUCUCGUGAUCUUGAUACUAAUAUCAGAUCAUCCUCAAGUGCUGGCAAAGCAGAUGUAAAUGGCCCUGAGGAAAUUGAUAAAGUUAAAAUCAGAGAAGGUGAGCAGAGCACUGGAUGCAAGAAUAUUCACUCAGACUUUGAAAAUGAGCCAUUUUCAAAAGAAAAUGAAGGAGAAGUAAUGACUAACUACAGAGGAGCUAAUGGUAAACGAGGUAGUACAAGAAAAGAUCAAAUUAUUACUAGUAAUGACAGUAUACUCAGCAGUGAAGAUAAACAAAGUAAAGAAAGGAACACAAUUGAUGAUACCUUUGAAGAUGAGGAAUAUUCCCCACAGAAUAGGAGAAGAGGUAAAACAGACAUGAGAAGAGCUAGUACCAGCAAAAUUCCCAACAAUCAAGAUGGGAGGAACCACGAAGACAGCAUAAUAAAUGAAAGCAAUUCAGUAACGCCAAGAGAGGACAAUCAGAACGAUGGAUAUAAAAAUAUUAAUUCAAACUUGGAAGAUGAGCCAUUACCGAAACAAAAUGAUGGAAGGACAAUAACAAGCCUAAGAAGAAAACGCGGGAGACCUAGAAAGGAUAAAAUAAUAGUUAGUAAUGACAGUAUGUUCUGCAGUGAAGAUGAACAAAGUGGCAAGGACAACUCAGUCAAUGAUACCAUUGGAGAUGAAGAAUAUUCACCACAGCAUCGAAGAAGAGGAAAAGCAGGAGCAAAAAGAGCUAGUGUUGAAGGAAGCAUAGAAACAAGCUUAAGAAGAGGCAGUGGAAGACGAGGGAGACCGAGAAAGGAUAAAAUGAUGGCAGGUAAUGACAGUAUGUUCAGCAAUGAAGAUGAACAGAGUGGUGAAGACAACACAAUUGAUGACAUAUUUGAAGAUGAUGAAUAUUUACCACAGCCUAGAAUGAGAGGAAAAAGAGAAUGUAGGAGAACUAGUGCCAGAGUGUCCAGCAGUCAAGGGGGGGAGAGCCACGAAGACAGUAUGACAAACGAGAGCAUUGAAGGUAAAAGAAGAGGCAUGAGACAGGGGCAAAGAGGGAUGGUGGCAACAUCUAGCACUUGUAAAACAUCUGGUAAUGACAGUAACGAAGAUGAUCAGAGUUGUGAAGAUAGCUGUGAGGACAAUGACUAUUCACCGCAUCAAAGAAGUACAGGUAAUGCGCAAAGAAAGACGUGGACAAGAGGAGGAAGGGGGAGGGGGAGGGGAAGGGGAAGAGGAAGAGGAAGAGGCAGAGGCAGAGGCGGCAUAUGUAGCAGCAGAGGACAAGGAACGCAAUUUACUGGAGAAGAUGCUAUUGAAAUUCAGGUCAAGUGUGUAAAAUGCCCGGAAGAGGAGCUAACCAACUGGAAAUUUGAGUCACAUAAUUACCAAAAGCAUAACGGGCUCUCAUGGAUAGAGGGCCAAGAACCAAUUGACAUGAAAGAUGAAAAACUUGUUCAAAAAAUACUUCUUAAGGUCCGCAAGCAAGGAAAGAAGUGGUUCACCUGUGAAAAGUGUGAUGUUGCAAAGAAGAGUGUUGUUGGAUUUUAUAGCCACAUGCAGUUCUGCCAGAAGACCUCUGAGGAACGUGAAUCUAUGAAAGAGCAGUGCCCAUUUUGCGAGAGAUAUUUAAUUCCCACAAGUUUGAAGGUCCAUUUGCAGCUACACAGGUCUGAACAAGAAAGGCAGCAACAACAGGAAGAAAUAAUUGCUUUCAACAUGGAAUCUGGAAAACGCAAACGAGCUGCAGCUGAAAAAGCAACCACUCUCAUGCAAGAAUUCAUGAAGGGAGGUGAAGAUGAUGAACCACCUGGGGAGCAGAAAGCUGACAAGGAUGAAUUGUUUGAACGACUUGGUUACACAAAGCCAACCAAUUCCCUUGUUGGAAGGUGGAAGAUGAAAAUAAAACGGAAUGGGAAAAUAAAGUGCAACAACCCUAACUGUCUGUUUGAAACAUCUGAACUUAGCAGUAUGCAAGAGCACUACUCGAACUGCCCAAAGGCACUACGCAAGGGUUAUUUAUGUAAGCUGUGUGAUCAUCAUUGUAAUGAAGAAUCUGAGAUACAUGAACAUUUGAAACAACAUGAAACCUCUAAUCCAGCAGAAGAAACAGACUCCAGUGGAGAUGAUGAAGAUGAUGACGAUGGUGAAGUAUUUCAUGAACGAAAUGGUCUAUUAACUAGCCUAAGAGUUGGAAAACCGAGGAAACUGAGAUACAAGAUAGCUAACAAAAUGAGUUUUCUGGCAAGAGAAACAAGUGGAACUGUGAUCGGGGAUCGUAUCUAUGGUCCAGCCUUGAGGUGGACAGCCAAGUUCCAGACACAACAUUACAAGGAUAGUCUCUUCCCAUCAUAUCACACGUCAGUAGAAGACUGGACUGCAAUAGAAGACUCACUCGUACAUGAGUAUUUGCCUGCUGCUAAAGAAAGUAUGAUGAUUAGUCAGUUGACUAUGAGAAAGGAAGUGGUUGAUGUAGAGACACAAAAUUUGGAGUGGAGAAAGUACAGUUUAUUUGAGGCAACUGUUAAAGAUGAUGCAGUGACAAUGUUUGUUGGAGGACCAGUAUGGGCAAUGGCUUGGUGCCCAUUGCCCUUGAGGCUAUCACUACAAGCAGAUCCACAAAAUACAAAACAGUAUCUUGCCGUAACUUGUCAUAGAAAUAUGGAGGACCAGUAUAGUGUGUCACGGUCAUACGAUGGACCGGGGAUUAUACAAAUAUGGUGUUUUGAGGAACUUGACAAUUUAAAGUCACCCCCAAUUCCGUCACUUACUCUUGGGAUAGCGCACAAUUAUGGAGCAAUUUGGUGUAUGGAAUGGUGCCCCUCAGGUUGUUAUGAAAGGAACGGAUGUGAAACGGAAGAGAAACACCUGCAACGUUUAGGCCUGCUGGCAGCUGCCUGCUCAGAUGGUUGUGUACACAUCUUCUCAGUUUGUCAUCCUGAUGAACUGAGAGAAUGUGGAUGUGGCAGGUACCCAGUCUUCAAGACAGAACCUGUUGUGUCACUAAUUCUGGAAGAGGAGGCAGAUAUAAAGCUUGGUGGUACAGACUGGCAGUGUCUUCGUUUGUCAUGGAGUAAAAUAAAAAAUCACAGAAUAAUUGCAGGCAGUUUUUCUAAUGGCAUGGUGGCUUUAUGGGAUAUUGAAUCAUCAUCAAGGUUAUUGUACAAAAUGUGUGGAAAGAGGAAACUAAUAUAUCCAUAUCAUACAUUUCAGCCGCAUGGUGGACCUGUGACAGCUCUUGCAAUGUACCCACUGAAUGAGCGAUUUUUAAUGACUGGUUCAUAUGAUAGAACUUGUAAAUUCUGGGAUACACAUGACACUGCUGAACCCAUCACUUCAACAUUCAAGGGGCUGGUGACGGAUGGAAUUUGGCUCACACAUUGGCCAUCAGCUGUCAGUGCAUAUGAUGAUGUUUACUCACGGUGCCACACCAACUCUACAGUGAUGCCAGUGCGCAACUUUGGGUACAGCGGCUAUCCUGUGAUGGCACAGAACUCUGUUGCUUGGACCCUUUCAUCAUCAGAUUGGGUGAAUUCUGUUGCACAGGGAACUUCUGCAGGAGAACUGUCAGCCAUUUUUCUGCAUCAGCUAUUAAUUGGUGUUGAUACAGAGAAGGGCAUGAAGAACAAACGAAUGAUUCUGAGUUACGCAGAGCUUAUUAAUUUCAAAGAAUCCUCUUCCACAUCUGAACUGUCUGGAAGUGCUGGGAAAGAUGAAAAGAAGGAACUCGUGCCAUCUGAGACUGUGGAGCAACAGGCAUCAGCAUCAAAGUUCACGACCGGUGGUGUCCCUAGCUUAGUAUCAUUGAAUUCUCAGGUUUCUUCUGGUAUUGAUUCAGGAAAAAAUUUAGAAACUGUUAAUGUUGCCAGUGGCACACAUUCAGAAAAGGCAUGUGGAUCUAGCAUGGAAAGGGAGGUGGAUGAAUUAUUACCCAUUGAAAUCAGCGAUGAUAACAAAAGUGUGAAUGACCCUGUUUCAACUGCUAAAGAAGAGGCAGGACUGGACGAGAGUCAACAAAUAAAUGACAGUGUCAGUGUGAGCGAAAACUCAAGUGAUCUGAAAUAUCUGCUGAAGACUGAACAAUAUUCUGAAGAUGUAACAUGCACAAGCUUCAGCUCUGUAAGGGAUUGCGAGAUAGAUGUGUCAACGUGCGAUGACAGUCAGAGUGUUCUGUCUUCACAGGUGAACUCACCCACAUCUAGCCAAGCCUCUGAUGCCAACAAGCAGUGCAAGAAGAAAGAAGUUAGGAGUGAGCAGAAUGACUCACAGCAGGCAGCAGAGAAAGCACAAGAAACUUUGAUAUUAAAGCCUAGGACUUACAGUGAUGUCGAAAAAAGCUUCGGAAUUGUUUUGUGUGAUUUUCCAACGGAUGAUUUUUCACAAAUGCCACAGGAAGCCAGACGUUGGAUGCGGCAGUCUGAUCAAAUGAGAAUAUUUCCAACUGAAAUGUACCCAGCAAUAUCUAUUAAUCGAGUUGCUUGGAAUCCAAACUUCAGAAGUUUCUUUUGGAUAGCAAGUGGUUACCAAAGUGGUUUAGUUCGGCUAAAGUGUGUCUCAGCAAUGUAUAACAAAGAUGUUGCAAGAAAUGUGCUCAUGAUCAGAGAUGCAUACAGCUAAUAUAUGCAUAUUUUGUUUUUUGUAUAUAUGUUUGUAUGUUGGUUAUCUUUUCUGAGCAUUUUAAUAAGCAUUUUUGUUUAAGACAGUACCUGUGAAGCAUUUAUAUUUAUUUAUGGACUACAUGUUGUCAAAUGGAUGUAUGAUUUUUAUAAAAAAUA